GAAAGAGUGGCGGCUCUCUCUCAUAGCAGAUUUUCCUUGAUUUCUUCGGAUUCCUUUUCAUUGACGCCAUGGUUUACAUAACCUCCUGGGACGAGUUCGUCGAUCGAUCCGUGCAGUUGUUCCGGGCCGAUCCUGAAUCGACGCGAUAUUGCAUGAAGUAUCGACAAUGCGAUGGCAAAUUGGUUCUCAAGGUCACCGAUAAUAAAGAGUGUCUCAAGUUCAAGACUGAUCAAGCACAAGAUGCUAAGAAAAUGGAGAAACUGAAUAAUAUCUUCUUCACUUUGAUGGCUCGGGGGCCUGAUGCGGAUGUGUCAGAAGUUGCAGGGAAAGAACAGAUGGAAAUGCAGCCACCAAAGAAGGGAAGGGGAAGGAAACAAUAACUUGUAAGCUUUGGGGAAACACUAGUAAACUGAUAGGUGGUUGACAAAAUCGAUUUUAUACACUUGUUGACAUUCAAAGAAUUUUUGCAACUGAAAAUGUCUAACAUUUAACUUCUGAAAAUAUUCAGGCUCUCAAAAUUUUCAUGGAAUUAACAAGAUGAAAUUCC